AUGGGCAGGAACCGAGCCGUGUCGAAUGCGUCGACGCGGAGCAGCGAGCCGCCGUUACAAGAGCUGGGGAGUAUGUAUGAUUACCUGGCCAAGGUGGUGCUGUUGGGACCCAGCGGCGCUGGCAAAUCCUGCCUCCUCCACCGCUUCGUAAAAUCCGAAUGGCGCGUCCUCUCCAGCCAAACAAUCGGCGUAGAAUUCUCCUCCAAAAUCGUGCACAUCGCCGACCGCCGCCAACGCUCGCCCUCGUCCCCCUCGUCGCGCAAACGGAUAAAACUCCAGUUAUGGGACACAGCUGGCACAGAGCGCUUCCGCUCUGUCUCACGGUCCUACUACCGCGGCGCCGCAGGCGCUAUCCUCGUGUACGACGUGAGCAGCUGGCGCAGCUUCGAGCAGCUGAAGACGUUUCUGGAUGAUGCGAGGGCGUUGGCGGGGCCGGAUAUCACGAUUAUACUGGCGGGGAAUAAGGCGGAUGUUGAGGAUGGGGGUGUGCCCAUAGGCAUGAAUAGUGGAGGUGGGGGAGGAGGAGGAUAUAGCAGUUAUGCCAGCACGCCCUCUUCGGAAUCUGGUCUCCCUCCACCCACGCCCUCCUCGCAAGCAAGUCGCACGCCCUCACUCAACGCCAAUCUCCACGCGAGUUAUACCGUUGCGCCUGACGGCCGCGAAGUCCCCGCCGAAACCGCCUCUCGCUGGGCUGGCCAGAACGGUAUCCCCGUUGCUGUCGAAGUCUCCGCGUUAAACGGAGAGAACGUGGAAGAGCUGUUUACACGGUUGGCGCGCAUGAUUCUCACAAAGAUUGAACUUGGAGAGAUCGAUCCUGAUGAUCCGGCCAGUGGGAUCCAAUACGGCGAUUUGGGCUGGGAUGAUGGAGGUGGGAGUGUGAGGAGUGGGUUUGGGGAUGAGGGGGUUAGGUUGAGGAGGAGAGGGGGGAAGAAAGCUGGUGGUGCGUUGGGGGAGUGGGAGGAUGUUUUUAGACUUGGUGGGGGUGGGGGGAGGAGGAGAGGGGGGUGUUGUUGA